CGCUAGCGUCAUCAGAGCGCGCCGCACCCGGAAGAGACGUGGCAGCGGAGGGAUAAUCAGAGCGGUCCGGGGUAGAGAGCGCAGAGCUCGGCUGAGCGCGGUGUCUGUCCUUCCGCGCCUCGGGCCAGCUCUCGCGCCUGUCGGGACCGGUGUGGCGGUCGUUCGGUAACGCGAAGAGCGGGGGUCGAAUAUGGGACUUUGCAAGUGCCCCAAGAGGAAGGUGACCAAUCUGUUCUGCUUCGAACACCGGGUCAACGUCUGCGAGCACUGCCUGGUAGCCAAUCACGCCAAGUGCAUCGUCCAGUCCUAUCUGCAGUGGCUCCAAGAUAGCGACUACAAUCCAAAUUGCCGACUGUGCAACAUACCCUUGGCCAACCGGGAGACCACCCGCCUCGUCUGUUAUGACCUCUUCCACUGGGCUUGCCUCAACGAACGUGCCGCCCAGCUACCCCGAAACACAGCGCCUGCUGGCUACCAGUGCCCCAGCUGCAGUGGCCCCAUCUUCCCCCCGACCAACCUGGCUGGCCCUGUGGCUUCUGCACUGAGAGAGAAGCUGGCCACGGUCAACUGGGCCCGAGCAGGACUGGGCCUUCCUCUGAUCGAUGAAGUGGUGAGCCCGGAACCCGAGCCCGUCAACACCUCUGACUUCUCCGACUGGUCUAGUUUUAAUGCCAGUGGUGCCCCUGAACGAGAGGAGAUUGCCAGUGCUUCCGCCGCCCCAGCCUUCUACAGCCAAGUCCCCCGGCCCCCCGCUUCCCCGAGCCGGCCCGAGCAGCACACGGUGAUCCACAUGGGCAGCCCUGAGCCCUUGACUCACGCCUCAGCCCCGAGGAAGGUGUAUGACACGCGGGACGAUGACCGCUCACCAGGCUUCCACGGGGAUUGUGAUGAUGACAAGUACCGUCGCCGGCCUGCCCUGGGCUGGCUGGCCCAGCUGCUCAGGAGCCGGGCUGGGUCUCGUAAGCGGCCACUGACCCUGCUCCAGCGGGCAGGGCUGCUGCUGCUCCUGGGGCUUCUGGGCUUCCUGGCUCUCCUUGCCCUCAUGUCUCGCCUGGGCCGAGCUGCAGCUGACAGCGAUCCCAACUUGGACCCGCUCAUGAACCCUCACAUCCGUGUGGGACCCUCCUGAGCCCUUGCUUGGAGCUGGGCCAGCCUAGGACCUGGGGGCCUGAGGUGGGGAGGUCUGGGGGCUUUUUUUCCUCCGCUCCUCUCCUUCAAGCUUGAGACACUAAGAUCCCAGGCCCGGCCAAGUCCACUAGAGUGGCUGCUGGCUGGGCUUGGGGCCCCUGCAGUUCAAACGUUUGUCUUGACCUGCUUACCCUGGGUCUCCAGCCUCCCACCCUCCUCCCCACGAAGGAGAUGACAGGUGGAAAUAAAUGACAGACUUUAUUAAAACA